GAAAGGGAUUUCAUCCUGGUGGAGUACGCGGGGUACGCCAACGUGUGGCUCGAGCGACUGAUGGUGCUCGCGCCUGACGGCUCGGGCCUGACGUGCACCCUCACACCAGAUGACGACAGCUACGAGGAGGACCUCUUCGCCGCCGCCGAGGUGCGCCGCUGGCUGCCGUGCGAGGGCGAACGCAUGGGCGCAUACCCGCCAGCUGCUGCUGGGAUGCACGUGCACGGCUUCAGGGGCGUCCCAGCGCCUGCGCGGGUCGCACAGGCGCUGGCUGCUUGGGCUGCGAGGAUGGGGAUCGCCCUGGGCGUUGAGGACGCGGUGGUGCCCAACCUGCGCUGCGCUGCUGUCGGAGCUCGCCCUCGGCCUGGUGCCGCGGGUGUCGCGCCCGCCGGUGGCGCGGCGGCUGCGGCGCACGCUGCCGGCGGUGCGGGGCCGCCCGCUGGGAUGCUGGUUGCUGCCCCCUUCGCAGCACCCGCGGCAGGGAUUGGCGGGCCUGCCGUGGCGGCUGGAGUGGCUGGCUCGGCGGCUGCGCUCGCCGGCGGCCCAGCGGCGCCCGUGGCAGGCGCCCCAGCGCUGGCGGGCCCCGCGCCGCCGCUGGUGGUAGAGCCCGCAGCUGCCGGGCCAGCUGCCGCAGCUGCAGGCCUUGGAGCCGCCGCGGCCGCGGCCGCGCCAGCUGAUACGCGCGUCCAGCCCGUCACGUACGACUUGCAGGGGCAGCGGCACGCGGACUUCCGCCGCGCGGUCAUGAACAUGACUGAGGGGGCCGUUCCCGACUGGCCGGUCAGAGGUUCGCGGACGGCGCUGUGGGUCCUUAAGUUCAUGGAGGCUCACGGCGGCACGCCUACGGGCCGCCACUCGCGCUGGCUCUCGGAGUCACGCUUGCAGGGGCCCGAUCCUGGCGUCGACGAGCAUGGGCAGGCGUGCAGGGCCCUCGAGCGCAUGGUGAUCUACGACCAGCUGGAGGUGGCCAAUGUCGCCUCGGGCGAGAUGCUGGCCAGAGCCGUGCAGCCCCAGGAGGAGCGCUACAGGGACCGCGUCGCCCCGGCAGCAGACUCGGGCAGCCUCGACGCGCACGUGCUGCUCGGCACGGACCAGCUGCGCGGGAUCGCGCGCGUCGCGCCGGCGCUGCAGGACCACGUCAAGGACGAGCUCACGAAGAUGAAUGCUUACAGGAAGGAGCAACGCAAAGCCAGAGAGGAGCGCGACUUGGCCCGCAAGAAUAAGAAGGGGGCCAAGGGCGACAAGUGCUCUGGCAGGGGCCAGCGGGCGUCUCUCGAGCACAUCCAGUCCACCUUCGCCUGCCUCGAGCCGCUGGCCGAGGGCGAGGGUUUUCCCGAAGGAGCUCUUUCGGAUAUCCUCUCUGGCUCCCCGCUGUGCGCCACGGGGGGGCCUCGCCGACCCUACUCGCGGGGCCUGAUCUCGUGGCCCGACGUUGGCGACGACCCCGUGCCGCUCACGAAGGUCGUGGCUGGCCCGGACGCUCAAUGGCUUAGGGCAUGGAGCUCGAGCAUGCUGCGUGGUCGCGAGGAGGCUGACGCCCUUCUGCAGCAGGUUUGCCCUCGCGGGCCGUAUGUCGACCCCCACCUUGCCUUCUCUCCGGCGACGUUCGCCGACUUCCUUGCUGAGAUGUUGAAGCGGAAGAUGAUUUGCUUCCAGGCGGAGGACCCCAGCAUCAAGCCGAUUGGAGUCUUCUGCGUGGCAAAGAAGAGCAACCGUCUACGGCUCAUUUUUGAUACUCGCACAGCGAAUGCGUACUUCACGGACCCCCCAGCCACCACGUUGCCGAGCGCGGCCGCCUUCUCGAACCUGGAGGCGCCCGGAGGCAAGGUGGUCGUCGCGGCGGGAGACAUCGACGACGCCUUCUACCGGCUGCUGAUGCCCGAGGGCUUGUGUCGCUACUUCAGGCUCCCGCCGAUCGACAGGAGGCACUUGGAGGCACGCGGCAUUGCAGGACUUCCCCAUGCCACCAGGGUGCAGGCCGCGGGAAGGGGGGGCGUGCUGAUUUACAGUCAGUUGGAUUUCGACUCGGCUUCGCCCAGCACGCUGGACCCCGACAAGCUCCCCGAGGACCCCGACAUGGAGCUCCACAGCAAGGGCCCCCUGGUCUUGGAUCUCGGCAGUAAGCUGAAGGAGUUCGACGAGGUGCCCGCAGGUGGAUUCCGUCAGAACGCAACCCUGCCGACGCUCUUUCUCGAGGGCGUCGCUCCUGGUUUUCAGACUCAGACGCCCGCGCUGGACAGCCUCCCGCGCAUGGCGGCGCGGCGGCAUCCAGCAGCAGCGCGGCCGCUAGUCCUGCGCCUGCCCGCGCGGCGGCUUCCGCCAGCUGCCUGGGAGGCCCGCAGCCGACGCGCCGCCCCGGCGGGGCGGCGGAAGGCCGCGCGGCCGCCGGUGGGACAGCUCGGCUUCCUGGAGAUCUUGGCGGUGCGGACCAGCCCGGAGGAGCAAUACCGCAGGAUCCUGAGAGAGUUCGCGGCCUUCGGCUCCGUGAGCCGCCUGGCCUGGAGGGACUUCGGCCAGCUCGACUUGGUGACCGCCCGCUCCUCGGGCUACAUGUUCGUGCGCGGAGCCCCCGCGAGCCAGGGUUCUCUGUGGCUGGCGCCCCUGGCGCACUUCUUGCCGGGCCUCCAGGGCUCGUGGAAGGACCAUCUGCCGCGCGCCACAGGGGGCUUGAGGUCCUGGGCGCGUCGCGUGCCCCCGAUGACGCGGGUGCCUCUUCCAUGCCUCGCGGCGGCUGCGCUGGCUGGGCUGCUGGCCGUCAGCGGACGCCGUCGCAUGGCGAUAGGGAUCCUGCUUUCGUUCAGCCGCUACCUGAGGCCGUUCGAGGAGCAGGGGUUGCGAGGGGGCUCUCUGGUGCGCCCAGCGGCGCAAGCAGCGGCCUCGGCGGCCAGCUGGGCGCUGCUCCUGCACCCCACCAGCUGCGGCCGCCCAGGCAGGACCGGGCUGUGCAACAAGAGCGUGGUGAUAGAGCUCGACCGGCCUUGGUGGCCGCUGCGUGCCGGCCUCAUGGCCGCCGUGGGCCUCGUGUCCGCGGACUUGCUGCAGCUCCUGGCCCGCAACCCGACCCUCAACGCGCUGCGACACGGCGGGGCGAGCUGGGAUCUGCUGGAGGGCCGGAGGGCGCGGGGGCGAACCCUGAGGCACGGCCGAUGGGCCUCGCCGGGCAGCAUGAGGCGUCACGCCAAGGAGGCCUACUUGCAGGAUGCCAUGACCAAGGUUCCCGACCGGGUCUUCAUAGUAGGCCGCUUCGUGCACACCAACCUGCUAGGGAUUGUCGAGCUGGGAUCCGCCCUCGCGCAGCGGCCGCGCCCGUGGCAGCAGCGGCCCGCGCCCGUGCAGGCGCGGAUCGGCGCCUCGCUGCCAUAG